GAAAAUAAAAAGGACUUUGAAGCAGAGCUCUGAAAUUAAUGCGCAUAUUCAACUCAUUUUGCAAGGUUUAAGAGAACUACAAAAUUUGAAUUAUACUGCUGACCCACCGAGACGAGAAGUAUUGUGAAACAUAAUGGUUGACACGGAUAUUUGUUUUAUUGAUGUUCGAGGUAGAAUAGAAAACUUGUAUACGCCUCAAGAAAAUUUGGAUGAUGAAUCUUGCGAAAUUCCGAAGUUUAAAAUUUCAGCUUUCAAGAAAUUUUCUUCUGAAAAUGCCCCAAACCCACAGAUUAGAGAAAGUUUUCAUAACAAAAGCAUAAAGCUUGCAUCAUCUUUGAAUGCUGGUGAGGAUUAUGUGAAGAGCACUUACAUAAAUUUUGAUGCCGACAAAAGUGGCAUACAGACUCAUGUUAGUAAGCAGAAAGAAGUUAUGAAGAAAAUGUUAGAUGAGAAUUUGAAGAAAAGCAUUGUUUGUCAACCUGAUUUUGACAAGCACGAAGGUGUCCCAACUAUUCAGAGUCGUCGACAAAAAAGAAAAGAAGCAGCAAAAGAAAGAGACAAAACUAAAGGAUUUGAUUGGUAUAAUAUGGCUGCUCCUGAGAUGACUGAUGAAAAACAGAAUGACUUGCUAGUACUGAAGAUGAGGCAAGCUUUAGAUCCAAAACAUUUUUACAAAAGGAGUGCCAACAAAACUAAUCCUAAAUUUUUCCAAGUUGGAACAUUUGUGGAAUCUCCCAUUGAAUUUUACAGUUCACGUAUACCUAAGAAACAGAGAAAACAAACUCUUGUUGAUGAACUGUUAGCAGAUGCCGAAUUUCGACAGUAUCAGAAGAAGAAAUUUACUGAAAUUCAGCAAUCACAACUUCCAAAGUAUGUUCGAAAAAAGAAAAUAACGCACAGACAAAGAGUAGAAGCCAGAAAUGCUGAAAUUCAGAAAAAGAGUAAAAAGAAUAAAAAAGAAUUUAAGAAAAGAAAGAAUUGAAAGAAAAAUUAAAUUAUUUCUGUAUAAAGAUAAUUAUUAAAAUGCUGUACUUCUGGUAUUAACUUUUUAAUAAAAGUGUUUUCAUUUAA